CUGCCUUCCACAGAAGCAGGUUUCCCAUAUGCGUCGCUUCAGACUCCGCCAGGUGAUCGAUGGAUCUCCAUCUCUUCAACUGAACAUCACUGGAAGUCUAAAGUGAGGUGGGCCAUGGGUCCGGCGUGGGAACAUCGACGACGAUCGUAACUGAAGUGUUCGGCGGAGCCAGGGCACGAUGAGCGCAGGGUACAAGGACUGACACGUGAUCUACCUGGUGCUUGAAAGAAGUACUGAAGAAAAAGCAGGUAUUCGAUCAACCUCCCGUCAACACGUGCCAUCACAGCGAGGGCUCCCAGGGAGGUCACCUUCUUGCACACGGUUGUAACGCGCAAUAAGAGACGAUGACGACCGUUACGACAAAUAAAUCAGAGCUGGAGCUUCACAAACUCCUUGAACGAGCAGUCCUUCUCUCCUACUACGACAAAUUCAUCGAGAUAGGCGGGGACAAUGUGCAGCAGCUUCGUGACUCCAGCGGACACGAUUUCCAGGAGUUGAUCAACAUGGUAGAUAUGGCCAGAAAGCCACCCCACGUCAAGAGGUUCAAGAAAGCACUGGCAGAGUGGAAACCAGACCCAGUUGCAGCAACGUCCACCCCAGCGGAUGGAGCAGAAGGGGAGCUUCACAAGCUACUUGGAGGAGCGGAUCUUCUCUCCUACCACGACAAGUUCAUGGAGAUAGGCGGUGACAAUGUCCAGCAGCUUUUUGACUCCACGGCGGGCGAUUUCCAGGAAGUGAUUGAUCUUGUUGAUAUGGCCAGAAAGCCAUAUCACAUCAAGAGACUGAAGAAAGCACUGGGCCAGUGGACAGGACCGUCAGUCGCGGUAGCGUCCAGUGCGGCUGACGAAUCAGAAGGGGAAGUUCACGAAUUACUUCGACGAGCGGAUCUUCUCUCCUACCAUGACAAGUUCAUCGAACUGGGCAAAGACAAUGUGCAGCAGCUUUGUGACUCAACCGACGAAGACUUCCAGACACUCACCGAGCACGUAGGAAUGGCCAGAAAGCCCCUUCACUUGAAAAGAUUGAAGAACGCACUCAAACAGUGGUCAGGCCAUUCAGCCGUAAUGACGUCCAUUCCUUCAAACGAGUCGGAGCGUGAAGUUCACGAACUGCUUCAGCGAGCGGAUCUCCUCACCUACUACGACAAGUUCAUCGAGAAAGGCGUAGACAAUGUCCAGCAGCUUUUUGACUCGACGGAAGAAGAGUUCCAGGAGUUCAUGGAUCUUGUUGGCAUGGACGGAUUCCCUUUUCACAUGAUGAGGUUCCAGAACGAACUGGAACAGUGGACAGGGCAUCCAGCCGCAAUGACGCCCGUUCCGGCAAAGAAACCGAGACUGUCGGAGAUUCACCACCUCCUUGAACCAGCGCGUCUCCUCUCUUACUGGGAGAAAUUCGAGGAAAUAGGCAUGGACAAUGUGCAGCAGCUUCGCGACUUGACUGACGAAGAGUUCCAUGAGGUCAUCAACCGGGUAGACAUGGCCAGGAAGCCGUUUCAUGUAAAGAAACUCAAGAAGGUACUCGAAGAAUGGACGGGGCCCGCAGGAGUUUGUCGUCUCUUCUCAAGAAGAAUGGCUUCACCGUCUGUAGUUGAUCUGAAGAUGGAAACGUCAGAAGAAUGGAAGGAGGUCAGGAAGGAAAUGCAUCGAGCCAUAGCGGACAGAGAUGAGACCCGUGUUCUAAAGUGCCUGGAUGCUGUGCCUGCCCUGAAAAUGUGGUUAGAUGCCGAUGAAAAUGUAUCUGCUCGCUACAAAGCUGUUGAAGAGAAAGCUUUCCGCAUUCAUGCUCUGCUAGUAUCGCGUGAUUGCAGAGUGAAGAACCACGCAGAAUUAUCGUGUUACGAACGUCUCACACCUCUUGACCGAGCUGAAAUUCAGCGGGAGUGGCAUUACACCACAGAACGCGUGGACUCUUACAUCGACUAUCUGAAAAGCAAAUCACGGAGCGUCACCAGAUGUGAUGACUUCAAUGAGCGAUUGGAGAAGAUGUUCGAGCACCUCUCCAGUGACGAAUUAAACAGGAAUAUUCUGAAAGUGGCUGCAACAGCACCGCACCUACAAGUACUAUUCGACUUCAACAGUGAGAGCGUUCAGCGGACUACGGGACGGAGCAAUAAAGGUGAAGUCGGUCUCACUUUCUGCAACAAACAAAGAGUUUUCAUCGGGGCCAGCACUACAGAAGCAGAAACCUGUGGAACUCUCAUUCACGAGUUAUGUCAUAUGGCACUUCGCCUAGUGUAUAAUAAUGAUUGCAAGCCUUAUUUCUGCGAGGAUACGGAGGGAGAACAGCAAUAUGGAGCCAUUCUGAAUGACAUAAAAGGAAGGAAACACGGACUCGAUGAUCUCAUCCAACUAGCUCUCAGCGAUGAUGAAGAACAAGAGCUAAUUGUACGGAUUCCUCACAUACUGGCCCAAUAUGGUUGCGACGAUAGAAAUAGGGUUCUGGAACGGGAAGUACCGGAACUACGAAAGUUUUUCGAGGAACAUGUCAUACCGGACAUGCGGGAAUACAUUCAGAAUGGCAUUCCAUCCGUAGAAGCAGAACAGAUAGAAAGGGAAAACGAGAAACUCAACAAAGCUUGCGAAACUGGGAAACUCAAUGUCCAAUUCGAGAAACCAAUAAGUAGAAGUCUCUGGGAGAAGGGGUCGCUUCAUAUUGUUACGGGUCCAGAACUGAGGCUUCUCGAAAUAAUGGUUCACAACGCUGUGGAAUCUACUGGUCGACCAUACUUGUUUUUUGAAGCACACGAGAGCUGCCCCACGCUGGACUGUGAUGUGUUAGUGAAGAACAAAUGUGCAUUUGUGCUCGUGACAGUUCGUAAUGUCACACACUUUAUAGAAACUCUUACAUUCCUGAGUGACGUGUCCCGUGUGACCGGAACAAAAGUCAUCUUGCUCGUGGAAGACAGUGAGAAAAAAAACUUGAUCAAAAAAGUGCAAGAAGGUGCAUUAUUUUCCGGGGUGCACGAAGAUCACAGGAUCGACGAAGCAAGCUUUGAGCAUGUCACGAAUAGCUGCAAAAACGAAGUUUUCAAAAAUUCUUGCGUAAAACUUCAAGGUCAAUAUGUUUCACGGCUUCCAGAGGCAAUAAAUAUGGACGCCUUCUUACAGUGCGUUGAGACUGCGGUAUUCCUAAAGCUAUGCGAGUCGAAGAACAUUGACCUGGGACCUCCUCUUCAUGGACUAGAAGAACGUGUUCAGAACUAUUAUGUGGAACGAGAGUGUAGAAGAUCCGUGGAAAUUGACUUAAAAAAAUGCAAUCUAAAAGACGACAGUGAGGCUUUCGCUCUUCUGGGCUGUCCACACAAUCAGGUCGCAACACUUCUACCUCGCGGUUGUGAGCCAAAAGCCAAAGGGGAAUUAACGAAGUUCGAGAAAUUCGUACUCCUCCAAGAGCCACGUGACUACGAAGCUCUCCUGGAAGAUGGUCAUUUCCGAAACAAAGUAGUGCACCUGCUUAAGUUCGACGAACCUCGUAAGAGACUCUUGUGGACCAAAUCAAAUGGUCCUCUCAGUCACCUUCCAAUGACGGGAAAUGAGAGUUACACCGAGGACGCGUUGUUGAAACUGAACGAGAAGGUUGUGUUGUUGAACGUAGAGGAGAAGGUUGUCAUUGUGUCUGGUGCACCAGGUAUGGGAAAGAGUACUCUAGCGAAGCGCUUGUGCACAGAAGUAAAAAAUCGAGAUACGAAGCGGUUGGUGAUGUACGUCGAUCUUCCUCAGAGAAUGGCAUCUGUUAAAACAGCGUUGGCGAGUCAAGCGGAUAUCUGCAGAUAUCUAGCGGAUCUAUGCCAAGUACAAAAAGAUGGUCUAGAGUUCGCUUUGUUCGAGGAAAGUUUGAACGUCGGAAGCCCUUUCGAGAUCGUCUUCAUCUUGGAUGCCUUCGAUGAACUGAACAAGGAAUACCGCAAGUGCGUCUUAGAGCUUACAUCGUCUCUAUCUGAAAAGAAAGCUUGCAAGAUAUAUAUGUUUACUCGCACUGUAUUUAAGUCCCAUGCACAAGAUGCUCUGCACACGGUGUCAUAUGAACUCCUUCCUUUUUCAGACGAAAAUCAGGUGGAGUUCAUUAGAAAAUAUGAGGGAACAGCUCAUUCAACCAAUGAAAAUACUGGAGUCUCCAAGCUGUUCCAGCGACUGCACACGAACUUGAAGGAGACAAACGAGACAAUCCUAGAAACCCCUCUCCUGCUUCGUAUGAUCUUUGAAAUGAAGAAUGGCGAAAUUGCAGAGUCUGAUGAUUACUCUUCGUUACUUAAACGUGCAAACAUAUCAGCCGAUAAGAAUAAGAACUUAUAUAUUGUACACAUGUACAAGUUGUUUGUCUGGUACAAGCACCUUGUAUUCAGAAUUGAAAAAAGAAAAGAAAAUCUCCGCCUACACGCCGUACAAGAGGAGAAUGACUCCGCAGCGCUUCAGUUUUACGAAAACCAUAAACUCCUCGCUAUGAAGUGUAUAUUCCCUCAGGAAACCUUGAAAUACUUAUUGAACAAAGACGAAUUAGAGAAUUUAGAGCCCGAAGGACGUUUAAUGAAGGACGCAGCUAAUAAUUGUCUCAAAGAAGGAUUUCUGAAUGGUCUGAACAACGGAAUUCCAGAGUUCGUUCAUAAGACAUUCGCUGAAUUCUUUGCAGCCGAUUACUUACUGAAAAAAGCGAAAGUAACAGAAAAUUUAGACCUGAGGGAUGUCAUUGUCAAUCUGUACCGUGAAGAAGAAUACAGCGGUGUAAUGAUGUUGUUCGACGCACUGGCAUCGGAGUCCUUUCCCCUUCACUCUGCUGUGAUGAACAAUGACGCUUCAUAUUUUGAGCAGCUCGAUAUCCAAAGAGAGGAUAUGUUGAAAGUCGAUGAGCUCGAAAGGACGCCACUGCACUUAGGAGCCCUGCAUUCUGAUCAAGCAACAUUGAAGAAGCUUCCGAUGGAUGAUGAGCUAAUCACGAAGGAUUUGUUUCAACUGUCACCGUUUGGGUACGCAGAGCUGCGGUCUCCAUGGGACGCAAAAUACGCUGGAGAAUGGAUGGAAUGCUCGCGGACUGAGACUUCGGCUGCGGGAGACAGACUUAACGUGUUAUGCGCUCGAUGCAGUGAGGAAGCAGUGAAACGUUCUACCAAAAAUCUACGCACGUGUGAAACCUUCGAGGAAAAGAGACAUUUUCUUGAACGAGCAAUAUUCACGGCUGUGAGACACGACCUACGAGGCGUUUUAGACGUUUAUCUGACCUAUGUGUCCCCGAGAGAGAGUACAGUAGAUCUGCACAGAGACAUCAUGGACCAAUUAGAAUCACGCAAGGAACGAAGCUCGAAAUGUUCUGCAGAGUCUUCGGUAAUUGGAAACCUUGAUAGUUUUACAGACAGUAGCAUGAGAACUGUCCCUUUUUACGCAAAGUCCGAGACUGUUUGUAAAAUGCUCCUUCCUUACUGCGAUCUGGGAAUUCUUGAUAUGGAUGGAAACACAAUGUUGCACAUUAGCGCGAAGAAGGGAAAUCUGGAGACAACACAGAUUUACCUCGCACAUUUAUCCGUUAACAAUAGAAAUGGACGCUUUCAAACUCCUUUGCACUUGAGUGAAGAUGCAGAGAUUGUGAGGCUACUUCUUCCUCUUUAUUCCUCAGUGAAUGUUCUCGAUUAUAACGAACAUGCUCCGAUAGAUAUAUGUGCAAAGAGAGAUGAUUUGGAGGCCAUGAAGUUGUUACUCCUUCGCACUCGGACAUAUGACACACAUCACAUGAGACCAAAGACAACGCUUCAUGUGGCUUCUGCCUCUCUUUCCCUUAAAGCUGUGACGUUUCUUCUACCUCACACAAAUGCGCACAUGCUUAACGACGAGGGAGAAACGUGCUUAGACGUUGCUUGGACAAGUUGGAAAUAUCUGUCGAGUUCGGAUUCCAACGUUAUGAGGUGUCUCAUACCACACUCGCUCGUGAACUCACCUGAAACGUUCGGCUCAUCACCGUUGUACGUUUGGGCGAAAGAUGGUAGAAGGAAAGCGAUGCAAACUCUAUGGCCUUAUUUGCGACACAGUGACCCUAGGCAUGCACAGAGGAUCAGCAGAAGCUCUGUGGAUGUGCGGAGGGUCUGGGAUUUUCAAAAAGAAAUUUGGUGUCUGAAACUUCUCUUCCUCCAUUUAGAUGACAUCGCUGGUGAUCCUUGUAGCCGUAAACUGCUACAUGAUGUGGCCAAGGACAAGCUACGUGAGAUAAAAGAAGAAAAUUUCAUUAAUUACAUGAAGCUGUUACUGCCGCAUUUAAAUCUCAGUGAGCAGGAUUAUGUAGAACGUAGAGUAAGAAAUGAGGACAUCGUUACGUUAUAUCGGAGAUGGUCGGACAUGAAUAACACCGAUGAUCCCCACAUUGACGAUGUCGACACGGAAAUGGUCGAUGACGAUGGCAGUAUGAAGUUGCUCAUAGAAGCAGAGGAAGGUAAUGUGGAAGCUGUGGAACUUCACCUCUCACAUUCAUCUGUGUGCUUUGCAGAUGAAGAAGGGAACACUGCAUUGCACUGGAGCGCGUCGAAGGGACACACAAAUGUGGUAAAGAUUCUCAUUCCUUUUUAUACAUCAGUGGACGUGAUCAAUGUGCUUCGGAGAACGCCCAUGCAUGAGUGCGCCUCAAAUGGGCACCUGGACGUUGUGAAGUUAUUAUUACUCCGCUCUAGAAUGAGUUUCCGUGACAUGCUUGGAAGGACACCUCUUCACUCGGCCUGUGAAAGUGAUGAAGUUGAUAUCGUGAACUUCCUUCUUCCCCACUCAUUCCCUAAUAUGCGCCAAAUGUUCGGUCGCACGUGCGGCGCUUUUUCCGCUGAAGGAAGGAAGAUGAAUGUUCUUCGAUGCCUCAUUCCUCACUCUCUUAUAAACUGUCCUAAUUGGAUAGGCCAAUCACCAACGCGAACGUGUGCAGAUCAUUAUAUGAGAGAAGAGGUGGUGACAUUAUUGCCAUAUUCUUGUGAUUAUGACGCUGCGAGUUUAUUGACGCCUCCCUUGGUGUCAUUUGAUGAGGACGAUAUCAGUAUGGAAAGAACGCCUUGUCUCAAACUGAUGGUUCUCCACUCAAAUGUCACGGCAGUGCAUGCGUGUUUCCGUGGAACACCCAACCGCAUUCAAAGGAUUUAUGUACUGUAAUCCAAACCUGCGUCCAAAGGAGACUGAGAGAUCAGUAUUCCUGAAUUAUAUUUCUCUCUUGCUUCCGCACGCAAGUAUUUCUGCUAAGGAGGAUGAAGGCAAGAAACUGUUACAAAAAGCCCUCCAAAUUAGUCAAGAUCCCGGAUUGAUUAGCGUGCUUCAGGAAUGGCUCGCAUGAGUGACAUUCAUUCAUGAUGCUGACACUUGUUGGUACCGUGGCACCGAGUGGCACCGAGCUUUCAGUGGGCAUGAGCUCUGCAGAUGAUAACGCAGUUUUCAUAGAGCUUUCAACAGCAGUAUACUGAGUACUUACCUUCAUCCGAUAAAGCACAAAUAUUAGCCAGAGUCAAAAAUGAAACGAAAAAUCGCUUUUGUGAUGGCCGUGGCUAACGAGUUUUUUCUUCUUCUCGUUCCUUAUAUUACAAAGUGCCGUUUAGUAGUAGGUGCAUAAGGUGAUUUGAAAAAAUUUUGUUUUUACCUAUUGUGCUAGUGAUAUGGUUAGCUACGUUAUACAUAACACACUAUUAGAAUACAUGCUGCAUGUGAUUAUAUUUAUAUGGUUCAUCUCACCGUUAGUGGAUAUUACUCUAAGACAGCGAUUGAGCACCAGGUUCUUAAAACAAUGUUGGUCAGUGUUAUAUCCUUUUAGGUUGGUAAUGGAUUGUCAUCGUUGCUCGAAAGAUGUGUCAAGUUUAAUCCAUCUAGCAGGGUGGUACGCUUCAACCCUGGAGAUAUAUGGGGUCCUAUGUUUACCGCCCUUGGUGUCAAAUGUAUAUACCCAAAUGUCAAAUGUAUAUGAAAUAAAGUGUUUUUCGCACA